GCCUGGCAUUCUGGGUGUCCCCUUACAUGCCAUAUAAGUACCCCUUCCUCCCCCUCCCCACAAUGCCAUAGUGCUGUCGCUCUCGGCAGAGGGGCAGCUAUUCUUAGGCUGUCUGUCCAGCUCAUCUGAACAGAGGCUGUUUGGCACGUGCCCCGCCCCCCUCCAAAUCCAUUCUCCCGAUCCGUUUGGAGAAAUUCUGUUGCUUAAACAACACACAGGCUUUGUUGAACAAUGAGUUCGUACAACGUUUCACUCGCUGGACCUUCGCCUUGGGGCUUCCGGUUGCAAGGAGGCAAGGACUUCAAUAUGCCCCUCACCGUUUCCAGGAUUACACCAGGGAGUAAGGCAGCCUCCAGCAACCUGAACCAGGGUGACAUCAUUGUGGCCAUUGAUGGGGUCAGCACAGAGGGGAUGACACACCUGGAGGCCCAAAACAAGAUCAAGUCUGCCAACUUCAAUCUGGCCCUCACCAUGCAAAGGUCAAAGCGGCCCAUUCCAGUUACCAUGACAACACCAAGGAUUAACUCCCCUAUGCCUGUGAUCCCUCAUCAGAAGGUUAUUACCAACACUUCUGCCAACACUGAGUACCUGCCCAGCUUCAACCCAAUAGCUCUGAAGGACACUGCACUCUCCACCAACAAGCCCAUUGAGGUGAAGGGGCCUGGAGGCAAGGCCACCAUCAUCCAUGCACAGUACAACACCCCCAUCAGCAUGUACUCCCAGGAUGCUAUUAUGGAUGCCAUUGCUGGCCAGUCCCAGGCCAGGGGUAGCGAGAUGUCUGGUAAUCUGCCAGUUAAAGAGCGUGUUAUAGACAGUGCUUCCCCAGUGUAUCAAGCCGUCAUCCCCAGUGAAACCAAUGAACUGGGGCCAGCUGAUUGGGCCAAAAGAGCCGCCCAGCUGCAGUCCAAGUCCUUCCGUGUCCUCGCCCACAUUACUGGAACUGAAUACAUGCAAGACCCUGAUGAGGAAGCUCUGAGAAGGUCAAGGGAAAUGUUUGAAUCUGAAGCCAAAGGCCCUCGUUUUGCUAAACUGAAAAACUGGCACCAUGGCCUGUCGGCACAGAUACUUAAUGUGCCUCAGUAUACUCCUGCUGAGCAUGCUCCGGUUUCCACCAGUAUUGCACCUGUGUGUCCGCCUACUAUUGCUGCUUCACCCAAUGAGCUCCUUUCGGAGCCGCAGAUAGCCAAUCAGGCACCCGAGCCUGAUGCGGGGCAGAAUCCUGAGCAAACCUUGGUAACCAGCUUCAACUUGCAGUCCUCUAUGGGUUACAGUUCCCAGUAUAAAACCUCCGUCUCCAGUUCUUACUCCCAGCACCCACCUAUGCAGCAGCCACCACCACCCAUGCAGCACAGCUCCAUCCAGAUCCCCGUAGGUGCACCUCCACCUAAAGUGGUCAGCACUGCCACCAUUGUGCCUGCAGCCUACUCAGCUGCCCCAGCACCAGCUCCUCCAAUGGUUCACAAGCCUGCUCCACCUCCACCUGCUCCUGCCGCAGCUCCAGCAUCUUCUUCCAACAGGCCUCCUUGGGUUACUGAUGAGAACUUUGCCCAUAAAUUUGACCCUAGCAAACCCACAACCACCACAAACAUCAGAGUGCAGCCUCUUCCCCAGGCGGCCCCACCCCCACCAACCUAUAUCCCCAACCCUGUCCCUGCUCCUGCUCCCGCUCCUGCUGCACCCAGCCCUGCAUUCAACCCCGCCCCCUUCCCACCUGUGGCUCGUGGAGUUGCUCAGAGGGCAGAGCGGUUUGCAGCCAGCAACAGAACGCCUCUGUGUGGUGCCUGCAACAGCAUCAUCAGGGGACCAUUCCUGGUGGCACUGGGUCGGUCCUGGCAUCCAGAGGAGUUCAACUGCCAUUAUUGCCACACGUCUCUGGCUGAUGUCAGCUUUGUGGAGGAGCAGAAUAAUGUUUACUGUGAAAACUGCUAUGGAGAGUUCUUUGCACCUACAUGUGCCCGCUGCAACACCAAGAUCAUGGGAGAAGUGAUGCAUGCACUGCGGCAGACCUGGCACACCACUUGCUUUGUGUGCGCAGCUUGUGGAAAGCCUUUUGGAAACAGCCUCUUCCAUAUGGAGGACGGUGAGCCGUAUUGUGAGAAAGAUUAUAUUGCACUCUUCAGCACAAAGUGCCAUGGCUGUGACUUCCCAGUUGAGGCAGGAGACAAAUUUAUUGAAGCUCUUGGCCACACAUGGCAUGAUACCUGCUUUGUUUGUGCGGUGUGCCAUGUGAACCUGGAAGGACAACCUUUCUACUCCAAGAAGGACAAGCCCUUAUGCAAGAAGCAUGCACAUGCCAUCAAUGUGUAGAUGCUUUAACGCUGCAUUAAAAAAGCUGUCAGUGAAGGAACUAAAUGCAAUUAAUACAUUUGCAUGUGUGGUUUAUGGCAAAGACAUCAGUGCCUAUCCGAAUUACAAAAACUAAGUCAUAGAGUAUAAUAAAUAGCAUAUUAGUCAGAGGAUGAAACUAGACAUUUUGACAUUGUUUAGGUUUUUCUUUGUCUUUAUAACAACCCGAAUACAUUUGCAUACAUGCACUUGUUUGUCUGAUACAGUAAUUUAAGAGAUAUAACAUUUUCACUUUAUUUUUAUUUUUUUGGUUUGGUGAUUUUAUUCAACAUACAAUGUUUGUGAUAUUAGUGACUAAAACCUUCAUUUGAAAGAUAUUAAUAUUAUACAUGAAUGUCGAAGAUUGAAACAGGCUGAAAAAGUCGAUGCAUGUUAUCACGCCUUAAAAUUUCACGUAAACUCAAAUGUUUUUAUAUUCCAUUGCUGUUUGUUUUUUUGAACAAUAAUGAGGCCUAUAGAUCCCUGACUUGCUUAUCAAUCAUAAAAGGAUAUUAAAUAGAUUGAGACUUUGUGGGUUGUUUUACAGUCUUUUCAACACUGAAUGGGUGUGUUAGGUGUUACUGAUCUUGUUAAUUUGUGCUUGUAGUGUGUGGAAAAGCAAGUGAGCUAAUUCAGGCAUAUGUGAUGUCAAUAUUAGCAUUAUGGGUCAUAUUUUUUUCAGCUCAUUUAAAGAACGUGAGCAACACAUCUGAAAAGGUUUAACAUUUAUUUUAAUUUAUUAAUUGUUGCCCUCACUGUUUAUGCAAGACUUAGUACGUUGUAAUAAUGUCCAGCUCUCAAGGAGUAUUUUUUCUUUCUUUCAAUUAUUCAUGUUUUGCCUUGUCACCAUGAUAUUUGCUUUUUGUUGUUAUUUAUUGUGCGCUAAUCCUCAAUAUUUACAAAAUCUUUGCAAAUGGUGUACUGUAUUUGCAUGGAUAAUUUACUUGUUUUCUUUGCCAAGAAGGAGGGAUUCGUAUUUUUAUUUAAUAAAUACUUUAAUAAACAAGACAGAGGCACACACAGGAUGCAAGUUUUAUUGUUAAUAUGUAACAAAUGGGGUACUUGAGACGUUUUUUUCUCGGUGGGUAUAUGCUACCCAAUUCUGAUGUAUAACUUUAAGAUUACAUUAAAGUUUUUAUUUGAUGCCUAGUGGCUAUUAAAGCAUAUCACAGUUAAAUUCUGAGAUUGCAAUUCUAGAAACUCAUGUUUUCCUAUGUGGUAUUAAUAUUUUAUGCAUACAAUUCACUUAAAAAUAACUUUUAUUUAGACAUACUUUAUAAAUUUGUCCUUGAUUUAUAUAUUUUCACUGCCAUAUAUUGAAGUUAAUGUAACCUGCCACAUCAGCUGACGUGUUCUUAUGGCUAUACUUUUUAUUUGGGCUUUUGUUUGUUUGUUUUGAAUAUUACUAACAAUGGGUUAGCAUGUCAUAACUGCCUCUCUUAAAUAAUAAUAAAUUGUUAGCUUCCUUUUUUUCUUUUUUUUUUUUAAACAAGAUUAGUAAAUUACUUCAAAUUACAUUAAUAUCAGUGCUGGGCUCAGAAGUGGGAAUGUUCUAUCUUUUUAGCAUUUUUCAAAAACUGUAUUUGAUUUAAUUGAAUGCUAUUGAAUGUACUUUGAAUGAAUGUUUGUCAUCUGCUGUAUUGUGUAGUUCACCUGGGAAUUACAGAGACAAAGGAUUGAUCCAUAAUUACAUAAAGUGGCCGAUACUUCAAUAAUACAAUAAAGAACCAUAUGUGUUAUGUGACACUCAUUUUUAUAAACAAGACGAUUUGGUAUAUAUUAACAAGUGUCUUUAAUGCAGUCUUCUUCUUGGUCUAAAGAAGAAGACGACUUCUUUAUGUAAUGAUAGUUUAAACUGAGAUGCAGCUCUACUGUACAAUAUUAUAGAUUUUCUUUUAUGAGUUAGGUUAUGUGUUGUUGUUUUUUCAAUUUAAAAUGAAAAACUAACUAGUGCUACUAAUAGUGUUCUCUGUAAAUGUAUUUGAAAUUAUAUUUUAUUUUGUGUUUGAAUAAUCUUUAAUUUAAAUCGAAAUGAUCAUGUUCCACACAAUCUAAUGAAAUGUUUCAAAUUUGUUUUAAAGAAUGCAUGCGUACAAAAAGAUUGUUGGUUGAGGCUAAGUAUAAUUCUUAUCAUUCAUUCAAAAUCAAUGACAUAAAUAAUAUUUCACUAUUUAAUAAUGAUGCACAUAGGGCAGUGAAGAAUAAAAAUAAUAAUAAUUGAAUUCA